AUGAGUUGCUGUCAGGGGUCUUUUCCCCAGGACGCUCGACCUGGUACAGCUCGGGUCCUGGUGACUGAGCUGAGUCGAUCGGAUCACAUUAACCCGACUCCUGCUCCAAAGUCCAGAGAAGGUUCUGAAACACCAGUAGAGCUUUACCUCUCUCCAGAAAAGCUGGAAUUGUUGUGUGGGUCUCAGGAACUUUCUCAGAUGACCUCACUGGAGCUCUGCAUAGAUACCCAAGAAAACACACUAGGAAAUUUUGGCAACUACUUGCCCAAUUUGGUGCAGCUCAAAAUGAAUAACAGCAUUAUACUGUCAGUAAGAGACCUUGGAACCACCCUUUCCCACCUGCAGGUGCUUUCGGUGUCUCAGUGCUGCUUACAAGACCUAGAUGGCAUUUCUACACUGUCAUCUCUGAGGGAGUUGUAUGCAGCCUAUAACAGUGUGUCAGAUCUGAGUCAGAUUAGUAUGUUGGAGAAUCUGCAACUGUUAGAUCUUGAAGGAAACAAUGUCAGUGAUCUGGUCCAGGUUCAAUAUCUGGGGCUGUGUAGUAAGCUCCACACACUUACCCUGGAGGGAAACCCUGUGUCUGUGCAUCCAAACCCCUCUGCCCCACAGACGGCAGACUAUAGUUAUCGAGCUGCAGUGAGGGAGUUGGUCCCUCAGCUGCGUUACCUAGACAAUACAAGGGUGGAGGAGGACGGGCUGAGCAGCAGUACCACCAAGGGAGAAGACUGGGCCAUUCUCCGAAACUCCAUCAUUGACUGCAACUCCUUUCAGAUUGCUACAGAAGACAGCGAGACAGCAUAUCCUUUUAGCAGACCGUCUACAGCCAGACGCCCUACUUCUAGCCUCUCCUGUGUCCGGCCCCUCUCAUCAGUCGGCUCCAGACCCCAUACAGGCUCUAGACCCAUGUCGGCAAACAGGGUUGGAAUUUUCUCCCCUCCUGGGUCCAGACCUGGUUCUGCAAACUCUGACAUAGCAGCACUGGAAGGAGAUACCAGCACACUGACACAUGGAGCUGGUAAGAUCCUAUUCUGUGGAAAUCCUGUCCAGGCUAUUCGAGCAAGGCGGGAAAAAUUGAGGACUGCGCCUACCAUGUCUACCUUUACACCCCGUGACCUGCCCAUUCAUGUACCGGAACACACAUACGACCUUGAGGAACCUGAUGUGGGAGAGCGUUGUGAUGUGUUUGCUGAACUCAGAGCUUGGAGGGACCAGCACAGCAAGUGUCUCCAAGCCAUAGAGAUGGAAAAAUGCCCACAGGUAUUGACUAUUCAUCACGAUGACGUAGAAGAGGAAGAAGAUAGUGAGCAGGAUGAUAAUGAACAGGAGGAUGAGGAUGAAAAAAGCUCUGAUGGUAUGAGAGCUGACAGUUCUGAUGAAGAACAUGAGGAAGAGAAGCAUAGCAACAGCCGACAUACUGCUUCACCAGAUUCCUCAUUCCAUUCUCUUUCCCCAGACAUGAAUUACAAAGACGCUUUAUUCUCUGACGUGUCUCAACCGUGCCUGGAGACCACGCUGUCCCCCUCACCCCCUCUCCAUGCCACAGCAGUCAGCGCUGAUCGGAAACCACCAGGGAUUAGGGCACGCAGGCUCCGACUCAGCCGGGGCAAUGCAGAGAUCUUACCUGACUCUGGCAGAAUAAGGCGCCCUCUUGAGGCAGGUACCACCACAACAGCUGAGAAUCUGCCAUCACAGAGGAUCCAGCAGGUUACCAACACCAAAGUGUCACCGCUGUCAGUGUCUGCACACAUACCCUGCCCACCUCUAGCAAGUGUUGCAGGUGAAGGGCAGAUGAAUUCACGUGUGGUGAAGGACUUAUCCUGUGUACAGUCUGUCAGAGGACAUCAGACAUCCAAACUCCAAGAGAGACCAUUGAUUUCUCGACCUCACACGGCUAGGGCAGCUCUACAGAAACAUCACCAGCACCACUCUUUACAACCCUGCAGAGGGAGCUCACAGCCUGACUGACACCAGCGCAGGAUGUCUGUUUCAAACCCUUAAAAAAAAACAAAAAAAACUUGAGGCAGUAUGGUCAAGGUGAUAAUAAUUCCUCAGUUUCACUUUCAACAUGAUUUCCACACUGCUCUGUGGUUUGAUAUAUGUUUUAUCCUGUGUACUGGUGAAGAUGCAGUAGAUAUUGAAAGUAUUUUGGCGUAAUGUGAAGAUUUCUAAACCUAAUAACAUGCAGCUAAUUCAUGUUCAUGUAUAAAUAUGCCUCUAAAUCUGCUGAAUUGUUUUUGUGGUGGUUGUUUGACCUGAUAAAACACACAGUAGAUGUAAUUAAUCAAACUCUUAAAAAAAUAAAACUUGAGGCAAUAUGGCCUCAGUUUCACUUUCAACAUGAUUUCCACACUGCUCUGUCGCUUGAUACAUGUUUCAU